UGACCGGCGGCGGCGGCGCGAGGGACCGCCGAGGAUGGCGGCGUCGGCGGUGCUGAUCCUGCGGGAGAGCCCCAGCAUGAAAAAAGCAGUGUCGCUGAUAAAUGAAAUAGAUAUAGGAAGAUUUCCACGACUGCUCACCCGAAUUCUUCAGAAACUUCACCUGAAGGCUGAGAAUAGUUUCAGCGAAGAAGAGGAAGAAAAACUUCAAGCUGCAUUUUCUCUAGAGAAGCAAGAGCUUCACCUCGUUCUUGAAACAAUAUCAUUCAUUUUAGAACAGGCUGUAUAUCACAACGUGAAGCCAGCAGCUUUGCAGCAGCAGUUGGAGAACAUUCAUCUCAGACAAGACAAAGCAGAAGCAUUUGUCAAUGCUUGGUCUUCUAUGGGUCAAGAAACAAUUGAAAAAUUCAGGCAGAGGAUUCUUGCUCCCCACAAGCUGGAGACGGUUGGAUGGCAGCUUAACCUUCAGAUGGCUCACUCUUCUCAAGCAAAACUAAAAUCUCCUCAAGCUGUGUUACAGCUAGGAGUGAGCAAUGAAGAUUCGAAGGACGUUUUGCCUGUACCUUCUCAAGCUGGCAUCCUCUGAAUCAGAGCUGGUUGUAAGAUCUGUUACCCCGCUGGUUGCCAGGAUUAAUUCCAUGGAUCCGACAGAUGGGCAAAGAUUCCCUUCACUUCUCACUGUUCCAUGUACAUUCUUGCUAUUGUGGGAAGCUCAGCUGUAAAGGGCAACCUGCCUACCUAGAAAAGGAUCUGUCGUUGGUCCAGAGUAUACUCUUUCCUAUGGCUUAUUCAUCUUUGUAUCAGUACUGUUUGAAUGUUUAUUAAAUAACUGAAUAUUAUAGGUGGCAGAAAUGGUUAAUGUUUGUAUGUAUGAGGAAAGUUUCACUAACUAUUCAAUAAUAGUGAAGAUAGUCAGCAAAUAAUAAUAGAGAUACUGGAAUAUUUUUACAAUGAUCUACAACUGAAUGUAGUUACCAUUGUAGAGAAUAUAAUUUAUAGAUGUAUUUUUUAUUGAAUAGUUCCUGAUGAUUUUUGUUUUAUAAACCCAUUCAGUAGAACUUGAAAUAUUAUUUAAAUUUUACCUCUAUCCUUCAUUUCUCUAACUGAAAAGGACCUCGCAAAUUCUUUUUAGAUUUAACUAGGACAAGAGAUCAGUAGUUUUUCUUUUACUGGAGUCCUCUACUUCUGAUUUUCUAGGUGAAAAGGUAAUUGUAUGAUUUCUAAUUCUGAUAUCCAACUUAAUUUUAAAAGCCAAGUUAUGUAAACUUAGUUUAAUUCUUAUCUAAUUUAUAUCUAUAUUAUUUAGAGAUUAUUUCUACUUAGAUAAUUCAUGAAGAAGCUAAUACAUUUCUGUUUUAGAAAACAUGUAUGUGUUCCUAAUAUCUAACUAAUGGGAAAGCAAACUAUUUUUACUGUCAGCUUUCAUCAAGUUAGACCUCUCUGACCACCUCUCUGAAUUCUGUUUCCAUGAGAAUUUUGCUAAUGGGUAUGUGCAACCUUGUCCAGGUACUGGUAGACAGGGUUACACAUUUAAAAGAAAAAGAAGUGGGUGAACAAAUACAUAUUUCUUCCCUUGUAAGAAACUGGCAGAAUGUUAAUCUUUGCACUUUCAUUUUCACUUUGCAGUGUUUUUCAGAGAGGGUGCAGAAAGUCUAAGUUUGAUAUUAAUGCAUGAGACUGGCUUAGACAGUGUAAGUGGUGAAUUUCCUAACAGUGUAAGUGGUGAAUUUCCUAAAUAGGUUCUUGGUUGUAAUCUUAUAUGUGUAAGACAGAAGAGAGGGAGUAAAUCUUCUAGUCUGUGUGUGUUUAGUUAACAAUAUUAGUGACUUUAAUGGGUUUUACUGGAAAAUGGAAGAUUGAAGGCAAGCCACCCAGUUUUAUUGCCUGUGUGCCAACUUACUAAAUUAUUUUGAUUCAUGUAAUAAAUGCCAUACAUUUCCACUUACCAUGCAGAAACAUUUGUGAACCUGGUGGUACUCGUCAUUUAUGGAACACCUUCCUGCCGUCAAUAUUGGAGUUCCAUAGGGUUCAGCCCCAGGCUGCCCUCUCUUCUCAUACUUCGUUUGUUUCCUGGGCAAUCUAAUUCCGUUUUAAAAAGCAAUAUAUCAGUAACUCCCAAAUGUAUAUCUCUUACCUAAAUUUCUUUUCUGGCUUUCUAGGCUUAUUUCACGUCUUUUCAGAGCAGUCCACAGACAUAUCAAGUUAAUUGUAUCUGAAACUGCACCUUUGAGUCUGUCUUUCUUCAGAUCUGCUCCUCUGGAGUUUCCUAUCUUGGCUGCAUCCAUCAGUUUGUCUUGCCAAAAACCCAAGAGUCAUUCUUGAUUCAUUUCUGUUCCUUCACCUCUUCCUCCAACUUAGAUCUGUCCCUCGGUGCUAUCUCUUCUAAACCAUAUUUCGAGUUUUUUCACUUUUCUCUGUCACCGUUGCCGUCACACUAGAUUAGGUCUUUUGCCUGGACUAAUGCAAUAUAGCCUUCUAACCGGUUUCUCCACAUCCAGUUUAUCCAACUCUAAUCCAUUUACAAAUAAAAGCCAAAAUGAGUUGUUAAUAUGUAAAUAUAAUUAUAUCAUUCUUACAACUCUCCAGUGGCUUUCCAUUGCUCUUAGGGUAGAUUUCAUCUCUUCUCUCUGUCCCAGCAGAGGUGAGGAGUCCUCUGUUAGUUUGCAAGGGCUGCCGUAACACAGUUCCACAGACUGGGUGGCUUAAAUAACAGAAAUUUAUUUCCUCACAGCUCUGGAGGCUAAAAAUUUGAGACCAGGGUGUCAGCAGGAUCGGUGUCUUCUAAGGCCUUGCUCCUUGGCUUAUAAUGGCCAUCUUCCUCCAUUGUCUUCAUAUAGUCUUUCCUUUGUGUGUGUCUGCGUCCUCAUCUCUUCUUCUAAGGACAGCAGUCAUAUUAGAUUAGGACCCACCCACAUGACCUCAUUUUUCACCUUUAGUAUCUCUGAAGACCCUAUGUCCAAAAACAGUUACAUUCUGAGGUACUGGAGUGGUGAGGAUUUCAACAUGAAUUUGGGGGAGACACAGUUCAGCCCACAACAGGGCCUAAACUGAUGGUUGAUGGAGGAGUAAGCAGGUAGAAAACGCAGUACUGUGCGUCAGCAUCUUAACUGGUACGAUGUCAACAUAGUGCCUCACAUAGAUGUUGAAAAGGUGCUGGAAACAUUGAUAUACAAGUAUCUGUUUGUGUUCCUGCCUUCGUUUAUUUUGGGUGUAUACUCAGGAGUGGGCUUGCUGGGUCACAUGGUAAUUCUUUCAUUAACUUUUUUAGAAACUCCCAAUGUUUUCUGCAUCUCCGGCACCAUUUUACAUUCCCACCAACAGUGUAUGAGGACUUGAAUUUCUCUACAUCCUCACCGACGUAUUUUUCCCCUCAUUAAAAAAAGAUAUGUGAUCUUCCUAAUAGUAAGUGUGAAGUGGUAUCUCACUGCAGUUUUGACUUGCAUUUCCAUAGUGACUAACGAUGCUGAAUUCCUCAUCAUAUGCUUGCUUGCCAUUUGUAUAUCUUCUCUGGAGACAUGUGUGUUCCAGUCCUUUGCCUAUUUUUUAAUUGAGUUUGUCUUUUUGUUGUUGAAUUACAGGAGUUCUUUAUAUAUUCUGGGUAUUAUACUUUUAUUAGAGAAUGAUUCACAAAUACUUUCUCCCAUCCUGUAGUCUUUUUUACUCCUUCACUUCUUUUCGAUCUUAACUUGGAUGUUACCAUCUCAGUGAGACCUUUUUUGAUGACCUAACCCUGAAUCUCCUUAACCCUACUUACCACCAAACAAACACACAUUCCCUCUCCCUGCUUUAUUUUUCUUCCUAGCACUUACCACCAGCAAACAUACCUAUACAUAUGUUGUGAAUUAUGAUGAUUCUUUAUUAUUAUUAUUGUUAGAUUUCUUAUUUAUUAUCUUUUUCAACUAGAAUGUGGAGGAUUUUUGUCUCCAUUGUUCAUUGCUAUUUACAUAGCACCUAGAACAGGUCUUACUGUAGGUAUUUAAUAGAAAUUUACUGAAUAAAAAUGAAUGAAUGAAUUUAAUACAUAACAAUGCCAUUUUUUUCGUAAUUGGGGAAAUAUACAGAAAAAGAGUACAUUGGUUUGCCAAAAAAAAAAAAAAAAGAAUACCUUUUACUUACCACCAAGAUCAAGAAAUAAAUUAUUGCUUAAUUUAUAAGAAGAAGAAAAAGAAGAAAUAAGAAUCUGCUCUUACGCCUCCUCCCAAUUACUACCUCUCUCCAGUGACCCAGAUGUGAUCAGUAUUCUGAUACUUCUGGUAAUAUUUUUGGUGCCUUACUUUAUAGUUUUACCACAUAAGCAUUUGUUUCUAAAGCCUUUUCUGUUGUUUUUUUGUAUCUUCAUACACAUGAAAUUGAUCACACGUGUUCUCCUGUGCCUGCCUCUGACAUUCAACAUUAUUUUGUGGGAGUCGUGCAUGGUCUUGUAUUUGGCUGUAGCUUAUUGUCGUGUCUGUGUAACUUUCCAGUGUGUAUUACUCUACACAGUUUAUGUAUUCUCCUGUUGAAAGAAAUUUUGGCUGCUUCCAUUUUUGAUUUUUUCGAAUCAUAAUGCUGUCAGUAUUCUUCUACCUAUCUCAUGGUUCCCAAGUAUGUACAUUUCUAUUAAGCUCAAUAUUAAUACUUGGGAGCGAAUUUCUGGGUCAUAGGAUAUGCAUGUAUUUAGCUUUAGUAAACAAUGCCAAACAAGUUUCCAGAGUAGUUAUACAGAUUUUCACCCCUUUCAGCAUAUAUUUUCAUAUGUUUCAGGGUUUCGUGGACAACCUGGAUACAUCCCCUCUCAGCUGGGGAACCUGCCAGGAAACCUGCCAAGAAAAGGGCUGUCCGUAAUUGUUUGUCCCCUCCCCGCCCCCCAGCCCUUGCAUUUCACCACCAGCCAGCUUCCCAGUCAUUCACACUGGCUGGAGUCCCUUUUAACAAUCUAACAUGGCACCAAAGGGUCUCCUGAUGGUUUCCUCCUUCUCCCCAGCCACAUGCUAACACCCAGGUGGCUUUUUUUUAAAUUGAGAUAUAAUUGACCCAACAUUGUAAUUAGUUUCCAUUUGAACCUUCCACAUGUCUUCUGAAGAGUAAACAUUGAAGUUAAAGAGUUAAUUCUGGUUUGAUGAGCAAAUUUGUGACCCUGUAGUUAUAUUCGCAAGGAGAGCUAAGAAUGUGUUUUCCACCUAAAAAUGCUGUAGUCCCAGAAAAGGUUUUGAUCAGGCCUCCUCCUAAUGUUUGUAGGGCCUGAAGAAGGAGUAAAAAUGGAGGCCAUGGUCUAUUCUAAAUUCAAAGUCAUAAAUAAAGCUAUCAGACUGUAAAAUUAAAUGUGAGUUAUACUUUUUUCUUGAUAAGAUACAUUCCUAAUGUCCUGGAGGCCAGAUUUGAAUGUAAAAUUCUUGGACUCUGUGGGGUUCAUGUCAGAACAUGACAAUGUGGGCAGUUGGCCCCUCGCCAGCCCCCUUUUCCUUUUUAUCCUACAUAUCUAAGCUCCAUCCUUACUCCCCUAAAAAACUAGAAGACAGCUACCCUCGGCCACCCCUUGGGUAAACAUGGAUUCUCAAAAUCUCUCUAUACAUAGACAUGAAACACUUAGAAACCACUCCCAUGUUCUUCCAUUUUAGUCAUUGUGCGUUGAAUGGGAAACGAUCAUGGUAGCAGCUCCCAGUCAUGAUGCCAAGCAUGAGGGACUCUACCAGGUAUCAGCUUUUUUCCUUUUAGAGCUGAGUAUUUCAGUAAAGCAGGACACGACAUUGAGUCGCCUUUGAACACAGGCUUGAGCUGCACAGGUCCACUUAUAUGUGGACUUUUUUCAAUAAAUACUGUGGCACUACACAUCCACAGUUGGCUGAAUCUACGGAUUCGGAACCCCAGAUCUGGAGUGGAGAUUAUGGGACUUGAGCAUCCACAAAUUUUGGUAUCCACAGUGGUCCUGGCACCAAUCUGCUGCAGGAUGCCAAGGGAUUACUAUUAUGGAUAUGUAUGUGUGUGUGUGUGUGUGUAUAUAAAAUAAAUACACAUCUAUAGAUAUACACACUAAUGCACAUACUCACAUUAUUUUAGUUAUUGUUAUUUUAAGAAGUAUUUUUUUUAAAGUUCCCUUCUUUCCCUUUCCUCAAUAUAACAUUUUAAGAAAUACUACUUUGAAAGGAAGCAAAGCAAAAUGCAGGAAACAAGAGCCUAGCUUGGCCGCUACCUCUCUAGGGUCCAGCAAAUUAGUUGUUCACAUACUGAUUUAGUCUCUAGUCUCUCCUGACCUUUGGCUUGGAGGAUAAAGUAAUGAACUUGUUUUGCUUUUCCCUAGGGUACAGCUAGACUUAUCAUCUCCCUUCAGCUGCUGGGAGGAAACACAGCACUGCUAGAUAAAGCUGAUGCAGACUUUGGAGGUUUUGUGAUAUGUGCCAAUUAACUAACUGAUUUUUCUAAUGUAAUUUGAAAAAUUCAUAGUUUUUGUUUAUCAUUUGUAAAGGAUGACACUUUAAAACUGGUGUGCUGCUUCAUUCAUUUUAAAGCUCAAAGAUGGGUGUGUAAGAGGAAACGAAGACGUGUGAGAUUUGAUCCUGUGCGCGGAGGCUUCAUGAGAAGGGAGGUGCCCUUUCUGAGUGUAGCCCCAUUGAUCUCCUAAAGUUAGCUGCAGAUAACUUGUUUUGAAAAUGUUGGCUUUGUAAAUAGAAAUGGAAAUCAUUAAAACAAAGAAGGAAAUGAAAGUAGAACCUGAGAACUAGAAUACAGUGUUGGAAAUGACCACAGACAACUAAGUGCAUGAAUCAAUGACUGUUCGCAAGCUUUCCACUUCUUCAGUUCAUGGUGCUGUUUGAUGUCACGUGAGCAGGAUAGUGUGGUCAGAGCAGGUAACACAUUCUUGGCAUUCUUUCCUCAUUAACUUCCAUUUCCCAAAGGUACCUUGAAUAAAAUAGACAUAUCUGAACCAUCUUCAGAAACUAGAUCCUCAGUUUACAAAAUCAACCAAAAGUAGAUUGGAGUGGGUUGGUAAUGUGCUGCGCUUUCCUGCACCAUCAUGCAUGCAUAAACAAUAUUACUUAGCAUCUGUAGCAUCCAUCAAGAUUUCUCUGCUGCAUGUAAGGUGAAAGGAAGGAGCAUAAUUAAGUCCCAGCUUUGAAGCUGUUGUGUUAAUUGUUAACUUUUGCUGAGUCUGUACAUUAAAAAAGGUAACAAUCUCAGCAUGUUAAGAUCAUAACUGUUAGAUUCACGCUUGGAGGCGGCAGCUGUGCUGAUGUGUGGCAUUAAUGGCUGGGUGAGUUCAAUCAGAUAUGCUGCCUCCAGUGCCUUUGUGUAAUGGUGUUUACUAGAUUUCAAAUGGACUGCUGAGAAAGAUGAAAUAUAAUCGCAGGUAUAAUCUCUGUCUUGAAAAAAAUAGAUAAUGAAAUUGUUCUCUUGUUGGCAUAUAUUUUAUUAACCUUUGUGGAAUCAACUUAAAGAACGGAUACCCCUAUAGAGUUGAAACCUUUUGCUUAAGUGGAGUGUUAUUAAAUGUAUUUGUGAGUCUCGGAAUAGUAGGGUUGAGUAGAACAGGUAAGUUGUUUUUUUUUUUUAAACCA